AUGGCAGAGGAGUUCGAUGACGCCGACUUCCUCGCCGCGGUCAAUGCUGCCGACCGAAGCGGCACCGCUGGCCGGUCUGGCCCCAGCAGCGAUGGACCAACACGCGUAGUGCAGCCAAAACCGCAAGCACUUCCCCAGCGUCAAGGUCCCUCCGCAAUCCUCGUGUCGACGCGUCAGAAGGGCAACCCCAUCCUGAAUCAUGUCAAGUCGCUGCCAUGGGAAUACUCAGACAUUCCCUGCGACUACGUCCUAGGCGCCACAACAUGCGCACUGUUCCUUUCGUUAAAAUACCACCGCCUGCACCCUGAGUACAUCUACAGUCGACUACGAGCACUGGGGAAAUUGUACAAUUUGCGGAUACUGCUGACCAUGGUAGACAUCAACAACCACGAGGAGGCACUCAAAGAGCUCUCCAAGACGUCCAUGAUCAACAAUCUCACUGUGGUUCUCUGCUGGUCGGCUCAGGAAGCAGGACGAUAUCUCGAGCUCUUCAAGUCCUAUGAGCACGCCUCGGCGGAUUCGAUGCGGGCACAUCAGGCACGGAAUUACGAGGAUAGUUUGGUGGAGUUUGUGACGACGCCGAGGAAUAUCAAUAAGACGGAUGCGAAUAGUUUGAUCAGCAAUUUUGGGUCAUUGAGGGCUGCUGUCAAUGCUGAGCCGGAGGAAUUAGCGUAUGUGCCUGGCUGGGGCGAGAAGAAGGUCAAGGCUUGGUGUAAUGCGGUGCGAGAGCCGUUCCGGGUCAAGAGGGCAGAGAGGACGAAUGUUGGGCUGUAUCGAGAGGCUACGUCUAUGACGGAUGGUGGCAGUGGCAGUGAUCACAGCCGUGGUGUCACACCUGUGCCGAUCUCAAGUGUGCCUUCUCUGAAGCACUCGAACACCACUCCGACUAUGUCCAGGGAGAACACUAGACCGGAAGGCAGCAACAAGCGACCGAGACUGCAGGAGAUCAGUCCAGAUGACGACGAUGCGGACGCUAUGGCAGAGAUCGAGAACACGAAUGGCUCUUCGAGUCACGCAGAUCGAGCAAAGGAGAAGCCGAAUGAGCCGGUGCUUGCCAGUGGUGUGGCUGCCGCUCUUGCCAGACUACGCGACAACUCCUGA